AUGUCGCUGUUCAUCCAGAUGAGGGCAGACAUGUCAAGAAGCGGCACGAAGAUGGUCGUCAACGACGAGCGCGAGAGGUCCCUCGUACGAUCACAAGCAAUGAGAGCGUUCCGUCAAGAACAGCGCUGGAGUUCUAUACAACCUGUCGCUGAACGUGUGGAGUCCCAAGGAUCGUACACCAUCGAUCUACAGCCUGAAAAUCAUACAGACACCCUUCCCUGGCCUUGCGAAUCGCACUUGAUCAACAACACGCACGUAUACAGGACGGCGUUGGCAUCAAAUUUCGUCGAAGGCUAUUUCCCCAUGACCACGGCGGCGAAUUCGGAGCUUGCUAGCAUUGUCGAUUUCUGGAGAAUGCCAGCAUGUCCAGCUGAGGAGGCCGGAUACGAUGCCCUGACUCUUCUUCACUUCGGCGGUGCCAUUGGUAGUGAUCGAAUCGCACUCGAGGGCUUCCGGAAAUUCGUCAUCACUCUCCACUUGGUUCGGCACGAGGUUGAAGACAAGUACAUCCACGCUCAAGGCACACUCUGCGCAGCUCUCGAAUUGCUUAGCUGCGAGAUCUACAAGGUCGUUUCCUCUGGCCUGGAAGGGUGGGAGAAGAAUAUCGCAGGUAUCAACGCAAUCCUCGAGACGACAAACUUUUUGGAUGUGGGCAGAGAAUUGCAUGUAAGAUUUUCCAUGCAACUUCGGCAUGUGGCUUUAAUGUACGCCCUUGUCAAACGCAAAGCAGUUAUACCUCUUCGACUACAUGGUUCACAAAACUCGCAAUUGACCGGGGCUAGUGCUAUCGAUGAGCUUACUGGAAUCGCACUCGAACUUCCAGCACUUCUGGAAACGACCGAUUACCUUUGCAACGAGUGCAAGGUAGAGCAGAACUCGAUCGAGUAUCACCUGACCUUACUGCGACUACAAGAUCUCAAAUCUAAGCUCAAGUCAUGGGCGAGCGAGUUCUAUCCAGACGGCAUUCAAGCAGAACCGGGCAGAGAGGUCAUGAACGAGACAUUGCCCACGGAAUCACAUUCUCACAUCGCCGCACUCGCUCACGCUUUCCGGACCGUCAUCUCAUUACUCGUUCACGAAGCCGAAUACUGUCUUUUGACAGCCAGCGGACUCUCUGCAAAGGCUACCAGAAAGGCCGGUGACAAGUGCGCCGAAGAGCUUCUAAAGUGCAUUUCGCUCCUGACUUCAACCGUAGACGGAGAUAUCGGACAGGCCCAGGCCGUUCGAGCGCCAAUUUUCUUUGCUUUGCGUUGGUACCGACAGUCCUAUAAUCAUCAUGCGAGGCAGGAGUGGUUGGAACUUGAAGCUUAUUUCCAAGACAAAUUCGAUUACCUCGACUGGAGCGCUCUGUUGCCUUUCAGCUUUAUGGGACUUGUCUGGCUUCGAUGA